AUCAUGUAUAUAAUAAAUACUUUAUGUCAAUCUUUGUUAUUUAGAAUCUCAUCAGCAUCAAUCAGGUCUUGAAGAAACAUUCGUUCCAAUUUUCUAAUUAUUCUUCACAUCUUUUUUCUUCUUCUUUGGCUGGGCCAUACUAUUUUCUUUUCUAUCUCUCCGUAAUAACUUAAUCGCCACUACCAAGCUACACUUAUUUCCCUUCAACAUGAAGUUCAUCAACGUACUUUGCCUUGCCACUUCCGCGUUAGCUGUUGCUAUUGAUCGCGCGCAUGUCGAUACUGCAAGAUCCACGGGCCUGGAGGAGGCAGCAUCGUUACUAUCAAGGCAUCAUCGUGCAGGCCGGCUGGCAAACAACAACCAGGGUAACAGCAACGGGAAUGGAGGCAACGCAAACGCAAACGCGGGCGCCGUUUCAGGCAACACCCUCGUCCUAAAGGAAGUCAACGGCGUACCGGGCAAUGAAUGCCUCACAUUCCGUAAUAACGGUGAGAUCGUCGAUGCCGCUUGCGUCAAUACCGCGGCCGACCGCCAAAUCACGCCGACGACGCUGAAUGGGAACUCGGUCCUUCGCGUACAGCGCAGCUUUACUGCCGGUUUCCGCCCGGACCUGGUCGACGUUACUGCCUGCGUUGGUUUCAACGGCACGCACUUCCGAGCCGAGGACUGCGCUGCGUCAAACAUCGAGCUUGUGCAGUUCGAUGGCACCGCACUACGGGCCCCCAGCGGCGCUUGUGCUCAGGGCCACGACGGCGCCGCUCAGAUGGUUGUCGAUACGACAGGCGCUAGCUGCGCAUCUUUCGAGAGUACAACGGUUACACCCACGCCCCCGUAAGAGAGGGAGAUGCGAGCUUGGUGAGUUGGUUAUGGGUUAUUUUGGGU